AUGGCUGCAGAGAACCAUAUACAGUGUCUCCAGGAUGCCGCAACUUGCUCCAUCUGCCUGGAGUUCUUCAAGGAUCCAGUGAUGAUUACAGACUGUGGGCACAACUUCUGCCAAGUCUGCAUCACCCAGUGCGAGGAAGGGUUGCAUACAGACAUCUUCUGUCCUCAGUGCAGAGAGACUUUUCCCCAGAGGAACCUCAGGCCUAACCGGCAGCUGGUGACUGUUACAGAUGUGGCAAAGCGACUGAGUAUGCGGGCAGCUGAAAGAGGGGAGCGAGUGUGUGAGGAACAUGGGGAGGCCUUGAAGCUCUUCUGUGAAACGGACCAAAAACCUCUGUGCUUGAUCUGCCGAGAGUCCUGGGCACACCAGGCUCAUGCUGUGGCUCCCAUCCAGGAGGCUGCUCAGUGGUACAAGAAACAAAUUCAGAUGCACCUGGAGAAUCUAAUGGAAGAAAGAAGAAGGCUCGAAGAACUGAAACUGAGUGAAACUCAAAAACACCAGAAAUAUCAGCAAAAGGCAGCAGCCGAGAGGCAGAAGAUUGUGUCUGAAUUUGAACAACUGCGGCAGUUUCUCGAGGAACAAGAGCAACUCCUGUUGUCCUGGCUGGGAGAGCUAGGCAAGGAGAUAGAGAAGAGUCAGGAGGAAACUGGUACCAAACUCUCUGAGCAGAUUUCCCAUCUCAACAGCCUGAUCAGGGAGAUGGAGGAGAAGUGCCAGCAGCCACCAAGUGACCUCCUGCAGGACAUCAGAAGCUCACUGAGAAGGUACAAGAGAGGGGAGUUCCAGCUUCUGGGGAUGAUUUCCCCUGGCCUGGAAAUAAGACUCAGGAACUUGUCUGAACAAAAUCUAACUCUCAAGGAGACUUUCAGGAAGUUUCAAGAUGCUCUGCCAUCUGACCUGGAGAGGGGUAUGGGGGAACCUCAAGGAUCAUAUAGCAAGGUGAAGGUGACUCUGGACCCAAACACGGCUCAUCCCUGGCUCUCCCUAUCUGAGGAUUGGACAAGUGUCAGAGGUGCAGACAUACAGCAGGAUCGGCCCGACAUGCCCGAGAGAUUUGACAUGUGGUGCUGUGUGCUGGGCCGUGAGGGAUUCACCUCGGGGAAACACUGCUGGGAGGUGGAGGUGGGGAAGGGGGAAGGCUGGGCCCUGGGGGUCGCCAGAGAGUCUGUGCGGAGGAAGGGACAGAUCAGCCGUAACCCUGAGGGGGGGAUCUGGGCUGUGCAGUGGUGGGAGGGUGACUUCUGGGCUCUCACUGCCCCUGGUCCUACCCCCCUGUCCCUGAAGCAGCUCCCCAGGAGGGUCCGGGUGUAUCUGGACUAUGAAGGAGGGAAAGUGGCAUUUCUAGAUGCCGAUACUGAGGAUCUGAUCUACACCUUCCCACCAGCCUUGUUUGCUGGAGGUAAGAUCCACCCAUGGCUUUGGGUCUGCAGAGGAUCCCAGCUCACACUGUGA